AUGUUUCAUAUUACCUUCUCGUUGCUCGCUGCCUUUGGUUUAUGUGGUGCUUAUUUUUUCACAUUUACGAAUGCCUCUGGUGAACCUCGCAAAGCUUUUCAUUCUGUCGUAGGUCUUAUCCAAGUUGAUGCUCAAGCUCUGUCUAAAGCUUUGGAUCGUUUGAAGAAAACAGAAGUUUCUUGUGUUUUCGAUCUAGUCAAGAAGGACGUCGUGCGCCGAUGUAAUGCUGAGCUGCAAAGUAUGUUUCUUAAAAGCACCACGAAAUACGAUCAUAAGUCUGGCUAG